AUUUGUGAAAAUGAAAACGAGCCGAGUUUUGCUUGUCGUCAGCUCUUUGCUGUUCCUCGGCCUGGUGCUGCCCGUACAGUCGGCACCCGGCAAGCUGAACGGCCGUGUGGUGGGCGGUGAGGAUGCCGCGAAGGCGCAGUUUCCCCACCAGGUGUCGCUGCGGAACGCCGGUUCGCAUAGUUGCGGUGGUUCGAUUAUUUCGAGGAACUACAUCCUAACCGCCGCCCAUUGUGUGACCAACGAGGAUGAGAACGGCAAUCACUUGGCCAUCGAAGCGGCUCGUUUCACCAUUCGAGCGGGUUCGAAUGAUCGAUUCAGUGGCGGAGUCCUCCACCAGGUGGCCGAGGUGAUCGUGCACGAGGCCUAUGGCGACUUUAUGAACGAUGUGGCCUUGCUGCGACUGGAAACCCCGCUGAUCCUCUCUAGCAGCAUUCAGAUCAUCCAACUGCCCAGCGUGGACACACCGGCGGAUGUGGAUGUCAUCAUCUCGGGCUGGGGAAGGAUCAAGCAUCAGGGCGAUUUGCCCCGCUAUCUGCAGUACAACACCUUGAAGUCGAUAUCCACGGAGCAGUGCGAGGAGCUGAUCGAGUUCGGAUUCGAGGGCGAACUGUGCCUCCUCCACGUGGUGGACAACGGGGCCUGCAACGGGGACUCCGGCGGUCCGGCCAUCUACAACAACCAGCUGGUGGGCGUGGCCGGGUUCGUGGUGGGCGGCUGCGGGUCCACCUAUCCCGAUGGUUACGCCAGGGUGUUCUACUUCAAGGACUGGAUCAAGAAGCACUCGGAUGUCUGAGGAAAUCGUAGGAAAUAAUAUUAAUAUUAAAUAAUAUUUUUUUUUUACCCAUAAAAAUAAUAAAUAACAUUUCAAGGAAAAUAAAUGAUUUUAUAUAACUUUGGUUGCUUGCCAUAAUGACAAUCGCAAUCUUAUAAAUUCCCAUAAAUUCUGUGACUUUAUAUUAGACAAAUAAAUUCAACACUUUGGGUUUUUUCUUGGUUUAGUCCAAGGAGAUAA